AUGGCCACUCAAAACACCGCCCCCUCUAAAACAAUCCAUGAAUUCCUCCAACGCCACCCCGAGGUCAAAAUCGGACCACAAGCCGAAGCCGAACUCGAAAUCAUCCACGACACAGGCGACACCUUCUGCGAAAUAACCCAGAUUUUCGAAAAUACUAUCCUACAUCAAGACUAUGACGGGGGUUCGCGCAAGCGUGUUUUUGCACUCGCUUUGGUGGAUGAUGCUCUGGCACUGGCGCGGUAUAAGGAGGAAGCGGGAGAUGAAGACGUUUCAUGCGGAUGUAAAGCUAGGGAGCAGGAAGGGCCUGAGCAUUCUCUCCAUGAAAGUAUUGUUGUGGUAAAGGAGGCAGAAUGUGAGGAACACAAGGAGUUGGAUGAACCGAAUCCGGAUUGUUCUGCUUGUUGGCCUCUUCUAGGUGGAAGCAAUUGCAAAUGGUGA